CACUCGCCAACCAUAUGUCAGUUUGAUACUGAGCCGGUUUGUACUUGUCGGCCGUUAAAAUUUUUCCGGGAAGAAAAGAGUUAAACUUUUGUAAAGUUGAUAUUUGUGUAAACUAAACAAAUUGCAAAUCAGUCUCUAACAAUGACUGAUCUACCGUACCAAGCAGAAUAUGCGAAAACCGGACGAGCAGCCUGUAAAGGAUGUAAAGAAAAGAUUGAUCAAGGCGCCGUGCGUAUUGCGAUUAUGGUUCAGUCAGCAUUUUUUGAUGGCAAGCAACCUAACUGGCAUCAUGAAGAGUGCUUUUUCAAGAAGCAGCGUCCCACAUCUGUGGCUGAUAUUGGCAACUUUAAUAAACUCAAGAGUAAUGACCAGAAGAGAAUCAAAUCUAUUAUGGAAAAUUCUACUGGAAUUGUGAUGCCCACUGAAACUCCUAAAGGAAAAGGGAAAGGGAAAUCCAAAAAGAGAACAGCUGAUGAGUCUACCAAUUUAGCUCUUAAAGAUUUCAAAAUAGAAUAUUCUAAGAGUAGCAGGGCUACUUGCAAACACUGUGAAAUUAAAAUAUGUAAGGAUGAAGUUCGUGUUGCUAAGAUAGUGUAUGAUACUGAAGUGGGUGCCAAGUAUGGUGGACAGCCAUUGUGGCACCAUGUCAAGUGUUUUGCAGAGGAGAGGAGCGCACUUCUCUACUUUGCAGGUGGUGAGAGCCUACCUGGUUUCAAAGACCUUUCCAAGGAAGACCAGGCGAUGGUUAAAGACACGAUCAAACCAUUCAAAAGUGAUGAAGUUCCUGUCAAGAAAUUAAAAGAGGAACCAAAGAGCGAAGCAGAAUUGAAAGAAGAAAAAGCAAAAGAAAAGAAAAUUGAAAAGCAAAAUGCUUUAUUCCAUAAAUACAGAAGUGCUCUGAAAGAAUUAGCAAAACAUGAUUUGGAGGAAUUACUUGAAGCAAACUCUCAAGAAAUACUUUCUGGAAAAGAUGAGUGUUUGGAUCAUCUCGCUGACUGCAUGGCGUUUGGAGCGCUUGAACCAUGCGUGGAGUGCAAACAGGGUCAACUGGUGCUGGACACAUAUGGUUACAAAUGCAGAGGUAACCUCACUGAAUGGACGAAAUGUUCGUAUGUAACUCAGAACCCGAAGAGGACGCCCAUGAAAGUGCCAAAAGCGUUCGCCGGUGGCAGUAUCUUCAAGAAAUACAAGCCUAAAACUGAUGUCAGACUAUUCGAGGCUGCUAUAAGACCUCAAGUUAUCGUUAAAGAAGAAGCUAUGGUUCCUGUGAAAAAAGACAUUCCAAUUCCACCAUUAAAGAAUCUCCAGUUCUUCUUGUAUGGAAAAUUGAAGGAUAAGGAAGAAACUAAGAAACGCGUCUUGAAGCUAGGAGGACUAGUAGUCAGUAAGCUGACAGAUACCACAGUAGCUGUGAUAUCCACCAAAAAAGAAAUAGAGAGGAUGCCUGAUAAAAUGGAGGAAAUAAAAUCUAAGGACAUUGAGGUUGUUGAAGAAUCAUAUCUUGAUUUAAUUGAGCCCAAUGGCACUGUUGCUAAAUCAUUGGAACUGAUCAAAGAAAAUAACAUCGCCGAUUGGGGAUCGGAUCCAGCUUCAAGGCUUCCUCAAGAUGUUUUAGAUGGAAAGUCUAUUCCUAAAUCUGGAAGCAUGUACGUUAAAUCAUCUAAAUCGGCUGUCAAGUUGAAGAUUCAGGGUGGUACAGCAGUGGAUCCAGCGUCUAAGUUAGAAGACGAAGCUCACGUUUAUCAGGAUCAUGAUGGUACUAAAUACACAGUGGUACUGUCACAGACUGACGUCGUCGCUCAAAAGAACUCUUACUACAAGAUGCAAGUAUUGGAAUCCGACAAUAAGAAGAAGUACUGGUUAUUCCGUUCAUGGGGUCGCAUCGGUACAACCAUCGGUGGCAGUAAAGUAGAGAGCUGCUCGUCUGCUAGUGAAGCAGUGCUUAAGUUUGAAAACCACUAUACAGACAAAACGGAAAACCUUUGGGAACUCAGAAAUAACUUUGUGAAGGUACCUGGGCGAUAUUACCCAUUAGAUAUGGACUACGGAGCCGAGGAUCCCGCGGCAUCUAAAGCACUAGUGGUGGACGACAAAUGUGGUCUACCUCAGGCAGUACAACAUCUUAUUAUCAAAAUAUUCGACGUCCAAGGCAUGAAGAAGACAUUGCUGGAGUUUGAGCUUGAUACUGAAAAGAUGCCACUAGGAAAACUAUCGAAGAAACAAAUCAAGUCGGGCUACAAAAUUUUGUCGGAACUUAUGAAUAUAAUUGAAAGUGGAAACCCUAACCAAAGCAAAGUGAUCGAUGCCACCAACAGAUUCUUCACAUUAAUCCCGCACGACUUCGGAGUGAAGAAUGCCCCAUUGCUAGACAACAUGGAACUGAUCAAAACUAAAACAGCAAUGUUGGACAACCUACUCGAGAUUGAAAUAGCUUACAGCUUGUUAACAUCAGAUUCAAAGGAAGAAAAUCCCAUACCGGCUCACUAUUUGAAAUUGAAAGCUGAAAUUACACCACUGCACACUGACUCGCCCGAGUUCGCACUGAUUAAGGAAUAUUUAACCAACACACAUGCUCGAACACAUUCCAAUUACUCCUUGGAGAUACAAGAGGUAUUCAAAGUAAUUCGUGAAGGAGAAGACAAACGCUACAAGCCUUUCAAGAAACUGCACAACCGACGACUGUUAUGGCACGGUUCACGCAUCACAAACUUUGCAGGAAUCAUUUCUCAAGGUCUCCGCAUAGCGCCACCCGAGGCCCCAGUGACUGGCUACAUGUUCGGUAAAGGUGUAUACUUCGCGGAUAUGGUGUCCAAGUCGGCUAACUACUGCUGUACCAAUGUUAAAAAUCCAACUGGCCUCCUGCUUCUGUGUGAAGUCGCACUAGGAAACAUGAAGAAAUGCUAUGCAGCUGAAAACGUGAAACUGCCACCGAACAUGCAUUCCGCGUGGGGAGUGGGCUCUACGCACCCGGACCCCAGCCAGGACAGAGUGCUGGACUGCGGCACCGUCGUACCGCUCGGCAAGCCUGUCCAGAAUAACGAAAGAUGUUCCUUGCUCUACAACGAAUUCAUCGUAUACGAUGUUGCACAAGUCAACGUGAAGUAUUUACUCCAAGUGAACUUCAAUUACAAAUUCUAAUUGUAUUCAACCAGUUCUGGUUGUAUAAUUUGUGUAUGUUAUCAUUUCGUCUUUCGGUCAUUGCCGAUUACGUACCGUCAGUACGAAGAAAACAUAAAUUUUCAUUGUUAUUGGAGCUUAGUGCCUAAAAAGGAGAUUUGUUAUUUGUAGUUACCUCGUUUUCUAAAUCAUCCAGCUUUAGCAACUAAGUCACCAAACUAUUGUUAUGUCCUAUUAACAGUUACACAAUGUAAACUGGUUACUUCCAUAUUUGAUCAAUAUUUCCAAAGCGUGUAAUCGUAAAUUCACAAAUAAUGCUUUAUAUUUUUAUAUGAUAAAUAAUUAAUUGUUUAUGUUAUAAUAAUUCGUGAUUAUCAGAAGUGAUUAUGUUUUUGUCUGUUAAUUAAGUCGUCUCUACUGUUUUGAAAGCAGUAUGUAUCUUUUCCAUAAAAAUGUGUGUUAUCUGCAA